AUAGUCCCAAACCAAAAUUUAAUCUCACUCAUCUCAUUAAGCUAAGUUUAGAAAUCAAAAUGAGAAAAACCAAGUCCCUUUCCUUUUCAUUCUUAGCAAUAACAUGCUUUUUUUUGCUUCACUCUCAAUCCAUAAUUCAAGCCCUAGAGCAUAUAGCAACUUCAGAAUAUGAAGCACUAGGCCUAGCAACAGAACCAAAAAGAGAAACACUAGAAAUCAUCAUCGGUGGCGGUGGCGGCGGCUCUGCCCCUGCUCCUUCCCCUGAAUCUAGCUGCCCUCCUCCUCCACCUCCGCCGUGCCCUCCUACCCUUAGCCGAUUAGAUAGAGCCCGGCGCGUACUUCUCAAAUUCAAAAGCAACAUCUAUGAUCCAACUGGGUACACUAGCAACUGGAAUGAAAACACAGACACUUGUAACUUCCAUGGAAUUCUUUGUGGCAUAUUCCCAAAUACAAAUGACCGAGCAGUUGCUGGAUUAGACUUCAACCAGAAAAAAUUCCAAGGUAAAAACUGUGACACUAUACCCUUAAAAGGUAUCUUAGACCAAAUAGAAGAGUUAACAUUCUUCCACGUAAAUUCCAACAGUUUCUAUGGUUCAAUACCAAAAGAAAUCACGAACUAUAAAUAUUUCUACGAACUUGACCUCAGUAACAACAAACUUGUAGGAGAAUUUCCAAAAGAAGUUCUUGAUUCUAAACAACUAGUUUUUCUAGACCUCAGGUUUAAUCAACUCACCGGUUCAGUUCCAUCGCAGUUAUUUAAAAAAGAUCUUGACGUAAUUUUCAUAAACAACAACAAGUUCAGUCAAUGUUUACCUGAGAAUUUUGGGUCCACCCCAGCAAGGUACCUAACUUUUGCACACAAUAAUUUCGUGGGAGAAAUUCCUAGAAGUAUUGGUAACGCUAAUAAAACAUUAACUGAAGUGCUUUUUCUAGGGAAUAAAUUUGAAGGUUGUUUACCAUAUGAAAUUGGGUAUCUUAAAAAAGCAACAGUUUUUGAUGUGAGUCAAAACUCUUUAACUGGUCCUAUUCCAGCUUCAUUUGGUUGUUUGGAAAAGAUUCAGUUUCUGAAUUUGGCACAUAACAAAUUCUAUGGUACUGUUCCUGAGAGUGUUUGUGUUUUAUCUGGGAUAAAAAAUAAUGGGAAUUUGUCUUUAGCGGGUAAUUAUUUUACUAAACUUGAACCAGCAUGCUGGAGUUUAUUGAAGUCUAAGAUAUUGGAUGUUAGUAAUAAUUGUAUCCCUGGACUUCCAAAUCAAAGAUCAAAACAAGAGUGUUAUGAGUUUCAAUGUAAGAUAAAGCCUUGUUCAAAUCCUCAAAGUUUGAGUUAUGUUCCUUGCAAGCCACAUUGGGGGAACAAACAAAACAAUGCCCCUGCUUCUCAAGAAAUGGCUACUGAGCCUGUUACUUACAAGUCUCUCAAUCCACAUCGGUUGAGACCUUGAUCAAGUGGUUUUCGAUCGGGUGAUUCGUCGUCUACAUUGCACUGAUACUUCAAAUCGAAGAUGUGUCAAGUGUUGUUGACACAGACACAAAGUCGACGAGUAUGGUUACAUUAAGUUGUAUUUAUGUUUAUAAAUUAUUACUCAUCUCUAAUAUUUGUGUCGGUGUCAUUACUUCAUAAGGUAUUGUUAAUGUACCAUUGUUUGUUGAGUUUCAGUAAAUAAGAUAUUUAUUUUUAUAUCAUAGAAUUAUGUUAAUUUUAUAUUUGUGUAUGUUCAUGAAUAAAACACUUGUUAUCCAA